ACCCUCUUACCCUUAAUUCUUGAUAGACACUAUACAACAACACAAAAAACAUUCACUUCAAAAUUGCAACAUAUAAUAGCAUUUCAUUAAUAUCAUGGAUCGUAGGCUUUCUGUGAAAAUAGAAGGAGAGGGAAGUGUUCAUAUACAAGUUGCUGAACUCCACAGGCUAAGCGAGACAAGCAAAACCAGCACAAUGUUUGAGCCUCGUGGACUCAGCAGCAUUGAGAAGAGAGACAGUGAUGCAGCUGAUAACUACUCUUUCUCUUCAGCAACGGCUAGAGCACCAGAAAAGAAGCUGACCCUCUUCGCUCUUCGUCUUGCGGUGCUUGAAAAAGCAGCCACUAGCCUUGGAACUCUUGGUUUCAUAUGGGCAACCGUUGUCCUUCUUGGCGGUUUUGCCAUCACUUUGGACAAAACCGAUUUCUGGUUCAUCACCAUCAUACUGUUGAUUGAAGGGACAAGGAUUUUCAGUAGGAGCCAUGAGCUUGAGUGGCAGCAUCAAGCCACAUGGUCUAUAACUGAAGUUGGAAUCAACAGUUUCAGGAUGCUAAGGUCCUCCCCAAACUUGAUUCUUCAAAGUAUCAAGAGCCUUUUCAGGCCAAUUGUAAUCAAGAAGCAAAGGAGAGACAUGGUGGAGGCUAAUGUUACCCCGAGGCAUAGUGAUAAUCAUAAUACCAUUAGCAUAAGGACACCAACUCGCAUGUGGAUUAGUUCAGAUGUUCCACUUCUUCCAUAUGCUAGAUGGUUUUUCCUUUCAAGGCAUAUCAGCAAGCUUUUGUAUUGGCUUCAGCUUUUUUCGGCCAUGGCUUGUGUGGUUCUUUCGUCGAUGAAGCUCAUCAAGCAUAAUUAUGGGGAGGUUGCCAAGGGAGACACUGACAAGAGGAACCGCGAGUCAGCUUUGAAUAUCUUCUAUGCAUUGGCUUUGGCUGAGGCUUUGCUUUUCUUGAUGGAAAAGGCUUACUGGGAAUGGAAGAUCAGCUACUGCAAACUGUUGGAUGAGGUUAACAAGGAGUGUGGGUUGGGGCCAUCGGGGAUGGUGUCGAUUAGAAGGUUCUUUUAUGAUUCCUAUUCUAGGUGUGUCAAUGGGAGCAUAUUUGAUGGGUUGAAAAUGGACAUUGUCUGUUUUGCUAUGGAUCUCUUGGCGUCAAACUCACCCGAUGAGCAGCUCAUUGGAGGAAGAAUUCUUCGCCAAUUUGCGGUGAGUGAACGGUUUUCUGAUGAUACCCUUCAGAAGCUUGGAAUUUCCAUUUCUGUAGUGGAGAGGCUAGUUGAGAUGUUGAAUUGGACAGACCACAAGGAGGAAGAGAUUAGGCUCUCAGCUGCAGAGAUUUUAUCAGCACUAGCUGGCAAGAAGCAGAAUUCUCUCCGCAUAGCUGGGAUACCAGGCGCUAUGGAAUCGAUAUCAUCUCUUCUCCAAACUAACAGGAAUUGCAUACAUGCAGCUGAUGAAAUUGGAGAAAAGAAACUCAUAUUUGAUCAUCCCAAUUAUGGCUACUGGACAUUUAACCAUUUGGGACUCCUCAUUCUGAAGAAACUUGCCCGUGAUCACGACAACUGUGGAAAGAUUGGAAACACAAGAGGCCUGCUCCCAAAGAUCAUAGACUUCACACAUGCUGAAGAGGGGUUGUUGAAGAAUGAGAAUGUUACACCAUCUCAAAUUCUGACGGUGAAGAGAUCUCUGCAGCUGGUGAAGAUGUUGACUAGCACAACAGGCACCUAUGGGAAACAUCUUCGAAGGGAGAUUUCGGAGAUAGUUUUCACAAUAAGCAACAUCAGAGAUAUUCUAAGGCAUGGAGAGAAACACCCCUUGUUACAGAAACUGAGCAUAGAAAUUUUAACCAGUCUGGCAUUGGAAGAGGAGGCAACAGAAAGGAUUGGAGGCACAGGUGGAGUACUUAAAGAAUUGUUUAACAUAUUUUUCAAAGAUUGCAUUGCUGAAAAUCAGAAAGAUGUAACCACUGUUGCUGGGGAGGCCCUAGCAAUGCUGGCAUUGGAAAGCAAGAACAACUGUCAUAGGAUUUUGAAGUUGAAAGUUUUGGAAAGGCUGAUAGAGGCAUUGAAAUUUCCACUGCUUCGUGUCAAUGCCGCUAGAAUUCUAAGAAAUUUAUGCACCUACAGUGGAUCAGAAGGCUUCAAACAGUUAAUGGGGGUUACAGCUGCAGCACCCACAGUGCUUCAGGCAAUCAUGUCACAAGAAAACAAGCUCCAAGAAGUGAUGAUUGGACUAGCGGCAAGUGUUUUCACAUUCAUGACUUCCUCUGAAUCAAGCACUGUAUUUGAAGAAUCUGGGAUCACUGAGGCUGAACUGGCAAAUAAAUUAAUCCAUAUUCUCAAGAAACACCGAUAUCCUCCAACUAAGGUCCCGAGGAUAAGGAGGUUUGUGAUAGAGCUGGCAAUUUGGAUGAUGAAAGAAAGAGAAGAAAACAUUCAUACUUUCAAGGAUUUGGGAAUGGAGGAGGUGCUGGAAGGUGUCUUAGAGACCACUUCAGAGCUUGAAAGCUUUAAUGUUUUCUCUGGUACCGUGGGACUGAACCGGCACAAUCUAACAAUUCACUCACUGGUUGAGACAGCAUUGAAGUUGCUGGAAGAUAGGUAAAUUAAUGAAUCACAGAAGUAUAUUGCAAAAGUCAGUAAACCAUGUUGAUCCAGAGCAAUCAUUGUAAUAGUACACUUGUACAUAACUGUGUGUAAACUAGUAAUUAUAGUAAAUUCUUUUCGAAGGCUGCCAUGUUUGCUGGGGCUGGAAAGAUAGCUUGACUCAAUGAUUUAUUCAUUUUUUUUUUCAGAUUCAAUGUUAUUAUUUGAAUUGAAUUAUCCAUAUUUCCUUUUGUGAUUAAA